AUGGUGGAUACCAACACUGAGGGAAACGCCCCUUUUGCCAGCUGCAGUGUGGCGCCCUGGCCUGGCAGCAGGUCCCAUGGUGGGGUUCUUGGAGGUUACCCACGUGUCAAUGUCUCCCGGCAGGGCAACCUGGAGGAUGGGCGGAUCAUCGACACCUCGCUCUCGCGGGACCCCCUGCAGGUGGAGCUGGGUAAAAAACAAGUGAUCCCUGGCUUGGAGCAAAGCUUGCUAGACAUGUGCGUUGGGGAGAAGCGGAGGGUGAUCAUCCCACCUCACCUGGCCUAUGGCAAACGAGGAUCCCCACCAGCUGUCCCAGCUGACGCUGUGCUGCAGUUUGACGUGGAGCUGGUCGGCCUCUCCCGCGCCAGCCACUGGCAGAAGCUGACGAACGACGUGCUGCCCCUGCUCUGCCUCGUGCUGGUCCCAGGCCUGCUGGGCCUGAUUGGCUACCACCUCUACCACAAGGCCAGCACCCCCCCGGGGAGGAAGAAGAGGCUCAAGGAGGAGAAGAGAAACAAGGCCAAAAAGAAAUAAAUCUCUCCCCGGCGUCA